UAUGGUGGGAAGCUCAUCAUUUCGGUGGGUGCUGUUCUUUUAUCAUGUUUUUGUUAAUUGUAGCUAAAAAAAUGAUGGAUAUCAAGCUUGCUACUGCCUUUCCACCUGCAAAGUAAGUUAAAAAGUAAAGGAUAAUACUAAAGUAAUUGAAAGAUAGGGAAGCAGAGGACCUUUCUGGUAUUGCUGUCCACCACUACCUGGUUUCUUAGUAGCAGCAGGGCCAAUCCGCAUGGGCCUGGUAGAGCAAUAAUAUAUGCCUUUUGGCAAUGAAGCUAACCAUUUGCGAGAGAUCAUCAUCAUCCACUUCAUCCUCUGGAUUUUUAUGAGACUCAGAGAACCCAGAACUACCAUUGCUUGUAGUUGCCACCUCGGAGCGUGGGCCUACUGUACGGUAAUGCUUGGCGAGGGCGUGAAUGGCGUGGACGGUGGUGGCGCCGGAGCCGAUGCGCUGGCCGUCGGGGUCGGGCACGGCCAGAGUGAUCGUGGAGACGGCUAUACGGCCCACCCGCUUGGCGCGCGUGAGCUGCCACUCGUAGAGCUUGGCUUGCUCGGGACUGGCCGCCGUCAAGACGAUGGCGUCCCACGUGGGAACUCUGGUCGGGUGCCUCACCGACAGCCGUAGAUGGUACCAUGAUUUCCGGAGAGCUGUGUACACGGCUCUAGAUGGCACAGGGUAUUUGUUUUCCUCGAAUAUUUUGGCGGCGAUGGAGAAGUACGGCGCUGAGGUGGCGGCCUGCGUGAUCGAGAAGGCCAAGAAGAUGUGCAAAGACCUUCAGCAGGAUGUUAAGGUGGAGACGCGAGUAGAGAACGGUGAUCCGAGGGAUGUGUUUUGCCAGAUGGCAGAGCAGCUUGGUGCUGACGUGUUGGUCAUGGGAAGCCAUGGCUAUGGUCUCAUCAAAAGGGCAUUCCUCGGGAGUGUGAGCAACCACUGUGCACAGAAUGUGAAGUGUCCUGUGUUGAUUGUGAAGAAGCCAAAAACAAAUGCUUUCAGCAAAUGACUUUGUUAUCCUCUUUGUUGCUUAGCAAGGUGUUGAUUAUGGUGGCUGUUUGGUUUCUGGGUAUUGUAUCCAGAGUUUGUUCGGAUAUGCAAGGAGGGUCACAAAACAAAGAAGAAACAAAGAGAGAAGUGUUUGUUUGGCUGGGUUUCAUCAGAGAAUUCAGCUGGUAUAGUUAAAGCGAAUUCGUGCUGAUAACGUGUUAUAAAUCUAGAGAAAACUGUAGAGAGGGAAUUGAGAUAUAGAGAGAGUAUAGAAACUGAUUUCUCAUUCUCAUGUCUGUGUUUACAAAGGAAAGAUGUGAACCCUUUUGUAGGCAAAGCCUCUUCCAAUUGGAGGUGGGCUCAA